UUCAUUGGCCUUCCGCCUCCACUUGUACACGCCUCCGCCACCCGACAAACUACUCAAUAACCCUAGCUAAACCCCCACGCCGCCGCGGCGACCUCCUCCGCCGGCGGGAUGGACAGCCUCAGGGGAGUCAAGUUGCCGGGCGUGCCGAAGGGCGGGAGUGCGCUCGUGAAGGUGGCGCUGCUCGGCGGCGCGGGGCUCUACGCCGUCCUCAACAGCUUCUACAACGUCGAGGGCGGACACCGCGCCAUCGUCUUCAACCGCCUCGAGGGGAUCAAGGACAAGGUGUACCCCGAAGGAACUCACCUGAUGAUCCCGUGGAUCGAAAGGCCGAUCAUCUACGACGUCCGCGCCCGACCCAACCUCGUCGAGAGCACGUCCGGAAGCCGCGACCUCCAGAUGGUGAGAAUUGGUCUUCGUGUCCUUACUCGACCCAUGCCAGACCAGCUACCUAAAAUCUACAGGAACCUGGGGGAGAACUUCAAUGAGAGAGUUCUGCCUUCAAUCAUUCAUGAAACACUCAAAGCUGUGGUUGCUCAAUACAAUGCCAGCCAGCUGAUCACCCAGAGAGAGGCUGUGAGCAGGGAGAUUAGGAAGAUUCUGACUGAGAGGGCCAACAACUUCAAUAUUGCUCUGGAUGAUGUGUCCAUCACAAGCCUCAGCUUUGGAAAAGAGUUUACUCAUGCCAUUGAAGCCAAGCAGGUUGCUGCACAAGAAGCUGAGCGUGCCAAGUUCAUUGUUGAGAAGGCUGAGCAGGACAAGCGCAGUGCAGUUAUCAGGGCACAGGGUGAGGCUAAGAGCGCUGAGUUGAUUGGCCAAGCCAUUGCCAACAACCCCGCCUUCCUGGCUCUGAGACAGAUUGAAGCUGCCAGGGAGAUCUCCCACACCAUGGCGGCCUCCAGCAACAAGGUGUUCCUUGAUUCCAGGGACCUUUUGCUUGGUCUUCAGCAGCUGAACGUGGGGGGCAAGCAAAAGAAGUGAAGCGGUCGUCCCCAGGCCAUCGCGGAUGAGAGUAGUUUCAGGCGAUGGUUUUAUCUGUUACAGAAUGCGCAUGCGCGGGAAUGAACAAAGUGGCACCAUGUUGCAGUCUGUAUGUACUGACAAGUUUGUCUAUCGAUCUUUGAUUCUCUGCUCUUGUAAGUCGUGACUGAUGAAUCUGUUGUUGCAAUUGCCUUCCUGGAGGCUUGCUCUGAUGCGUGUAACAGCCAUUCCAUUGCUCGUAGUCGCAGACGUAAUUCAGCGUGUGAGUUCAAUCAGGACCCGUGUGACUGGUUGUGGCAUGGUGGUAGCCUGGCCCGACUUGUCUAGUAUGUGGAGCCAGAUUUCAUAUAUCCAGGCUAGGCUCAUGCUCAU